UCAAGUCUUCACAAUCGAGAUUUAAGCUCAAAAAUAGGAGAUUGUUCUGUUCGCGUGGGCGUGAAGAGAUGUCGAAGAGCGAGACGGUGAAGAAGGCCGAGGCUUUGGUGGAAACAACCAUGAAAGGAAACGACGCGUCGCACGACCCUGCCCAUAUCUGGAGGGUCAGGGACCUCGCUCUUUCUCUUGCUCACGAGGAAGGCCUCUCUUCCGACCCGGACUCCAUGGAAAUCGUAGAGCUUGCUGCACUUCUCCAUGAUAUAGAAGACUACAAAUACCUAAGAGAUCCAGCUGAGAAGAAGAUUGUUGAAAAUUUCUUGCGGGAAGAGAAAGUGGAGGAAAACAAAAGGAUGAAAAUAUUAAGAAUUGUGGGAGGAAUGGGUUUUAAAGAUGAAAUUGCGGGGCAUGCAAAUGGUGAAAUUCCUCCUGAGUUUGGUGUUGUGCAAGACGCUGAUCGCCUUGAUGCAAUUGGUGCUAUUGGAAUUGCUCGCUGCUUUACUUUUGGUGGGAGUAGGAACAGCGUGCUUCAUGAUCCUGCCAUUAAACCGCGGUCUGAUUUGUCCAAGGAGCAGUAUACGAAGAAAGAGGAGCAAACCACUGUGAAUCACUUUCAUGAAAAACUUCUCAAGCUGAAGGAUAUGAUGAAAACAAAGGCUGGUCAAAUGAGAGCUGAGAAAAGGCACAAGUUCAUGGAAGAGUUUCUGAAAGAGUUUUAUGAAGAGUGGGAUGGACGAGCAUGAAGGUACCAAUGUAAUAUUCCUUAUCUUGGAUGAUUUUAGUAUCCAAAUAAUUAUUGGGAACUUUUUAGAUUGUUAAGAAGAAAACCAUACCUGUGAUGGUAUAGAGACUGGGGAAGGCCUCCUAGAUAUGGUGCCAGUGCCAGAGUCUUGUGUUCACAAAAAUGUGCUUGUGUCAGACAAGUAAUUAGCAAGUAAAAAAUGUGUAAUCUUUCACUGCCCAAGAUGUUGAUCGUUGAGCUUUUCUUGGUGUAAAGCAGCACAAGAUUCGAGACCCA